AUGGAAAAAAAGGUCUAUACUUCAGCAUACCAGGUUGUCUCAGUUCUUCACUUCCGCCUGUCUUGGCUGGACCCCUUGCUCAUCGUCACCGUUCACGGAUUUCCGCAGAUGUGGGUACGCGAGCAAAAAGAAGACAACUACCGCGACCAAGAUCAAGAAAGUAGGCAAGAACAUGAAGGUGAACAGAAUGCAGCUCAACCCGAAGGUGACAUUCUGACCCUGAAGGAAACGGCGGGCCAUGAGAUCGAGUAG